AUGCCGCCAGUGCUAGCAUCCACAUCCCCAUCAAAACCAGCAGCAGCAUCAUUGCCACCACUGCCAGUAUCCAAAGAGAGCCUCACAAAGCUCAUCGCUCUUGCCAUGUCAUCGCCGGACUCACCAUUAGGCCUCAUUUGGGUGCACACCUUUCAGGAAGGGUCAAGGGAUGGAUGCCAAAGGGGGACAGAGCUUUUCAAGGACAAGGAUGUGAAGCAGGCAUUUUGUGAUGGUGCAGAUGAAGGACAGAUAAUGGGAAUACUGAAUGAGAGGAAGGAAUGGGAGGCAGCAGGCCACGGCUCCUGGUGUUUCAACACGAAAACAGACUGCUUCUCUUGUGAAGUGGGAAUCCCUGAUGGGCAUACCUGCACCACCAAGCUUGACACGAUGGUUCAAGUGGAUUUCAUCAAGGCUCAACCACCUUCUGCUGAAACUGCCAUCCAGGCUUCUCCCUCACACCACACUUCCUCAUCCCACACCACUCCACCUCUUCUUGUCAAUGCCGAAGCUCAAGCCCAGCUUAUGGAUUUGCCCCCUGCUGCUACCACUGCUCCUACCUUGGACCCCCCAACCUUUCAUUGGUCUGACAAUGCUGCCUCCAUACCUAUUGUUCUAAUAUUCUCAAAAAAUCAACCUUACCGUGACCUUUCAGCUCUUCGCACCACCAACCCCAACCCCUUCAGCUCUUUAGCACAUCGGAACUGCUGUUCUCAAUUGCCUUUGGAAAAUCAUGAAGUUUCUUGGCCCCGACCACCAUUUUGGCCACGUUGA